GCGACAUUUUUCUUCACUUUACGGAAACAGUGGGUGUUUGGAGAACAUCAUGGCGUCCGGAGCAGGAGAGCCGUCCUCUGGACACGACACAGAACUGGACGAGUUACUGGACAGUGCAUUGGAUGACUUUGACAAGACACCGGCCCCUGCGGCCCCUGAACCUGCAGCUGCUUCCGCUUCAGCUAAAAGUGGUGCAGAGAAGCCACCCCUCCUUGAGGACUGCAAGCUCUUUGAGACUCUCUUUGAGGGAGAAAUGGCUUCUCAAGCCAAGGAUGAGUGGGAGAAGGCCAUGAGUGAGCUGGCCCAGGAGGAGCCAGAGUUACUGCAGCACUUCCACAAACUGUCAGAGGCUGCAGGCAAAGUUGGCUGUGACACUGCCUCCCAACAAGAAUUCACCUCUUGUCUUAAAGACACCCUCCGUGGCCUGGCCAAAAAUGCAGACAACCUGCAGUCAACAGGACUGGCUGGAGACGAUCUUGUCAAAGCUCUGGAAGGUCUUGGAUUGGAUGAGAGUAGCGAAGGAGGCAAUGAUGACGGGAACAUUCUGCCCAUCAUGCAGUCCAUCAUGCAAAAUCUGCUCUCUAAGGAAGUGCUUUAUCCAUCUCUCAAAGAGAUCACUACCAAGUACCCAGAGUGGUUGGAUGCCAACAAGCCGAGUCUCAGUGCAGAGGACUACCAGCGCUAUGAGCAGCAGGCCCAAAUUAUGGGAGAGAUCUGUAAGCGGUUUGAGAAGGAGGAAGAGGGGGCAGAAGAUAAAGAGGGGACGUUUGAGAGCAUCAUGGACCUGAUGCAAAAGCUGCAAGACCUGGGCCAGCCACCCAAAGAACUGGCAGGUGAUGCGCCUCCUGGAUUUAACUUUGACAUGGAGUCACUCGUCCUCCCCGGAGGAGCCGGGGCCGGGGCGGCAGAGCAGUGCUCCAUCAUGUGAGCAGGUCGUGGUGCCGUCCAUCAGAAGCACUGGUGCCAAAAGGGUCAGUCUGUGUGUGUGUGUGUGUCAGCAAUGAAGAAGAGACGACCGAGUGUAAAACAGUGGUCAGGCAGGAGUGUGACCAGACUGUCGACUCUACUCCCUCAAGUAGAAGGUGUGUGGAUCGCAGAAACAACAGGAGGAGGCACGGGAGAGAACCAACAGGAGCACUGCACACACGUUCUUCUCAAGGAGCACACAACUGAGAACAUUUUAACAUCUCUGCAUUAGUUUUUCAUCGGUUGCUACAUUCAUAGUGAAUUUUACCUGCAUUCCUUUAAAAACAAAAUACCACUGCCUGUUUUUCUAUAUUUGUUUUUACAAACAGUUUAACCUCAUGGUAAAAUCUAUCACACCACCACGCAGGUAUAAACUGUGCCUUUGCAGAAUGACUUUAAUUUAUUAAUUUAGUUGCAUAGUCAAAUGAAUCCAUCAAGCUGAACACUUCACAUGAUAGUUUUAAAGUCAUAGGUUUACAACAAGUUAGUCGUCAUUCGCUGCUAUUUACUUUAACUUGGUAUCACACUUUAAUCUCUCGUCAGGCUGUACAGGAUUUGAAUUAACGAGUUAACGAUUUAUUAACAUGUGAAGAAAUGAGAAAACAUAACUGUACAUUUGUUAAUUAUUUAAAGAAUUAACAUGACUUGUGAGGAUUGAACACCAUGUGAGAAGUUUGCAGCACUUUCUGUGAUUCAGCCAACUAAUUUAACAACACUCAUCCUCUGAAUAUUAGUCCCCACUUCCAGGUAUUGGUUUGAAAUGAUUGAGAUGUUGAUUGCCGGAUGCCUUUGCUGUGGUUACAGUGAUAAUUAUAGUGUAGAGUUACUGUGCAAAGUGCUUCCCUCGUGUUUCCCGGUGUUUUUAAUGUGCAGAGUGGUGUUUUCUUUGGUAUGGGGUCCCUGCUUGGAAAGAAAAACACUUGAGUGGUGUUCAGGAGUGUUUACCAACACUGUGCAUGUCCUCGGUUCCCUCCACGUGUAUAGUACAAAAUGUUCUUUGCUGAAAAAACUGACAGGCAUAGUAAUAAAAAUCAAAUGAACAUGUGUUAGGGCAUCAACAGCCUGUUGGCACAUUGCAGCGGUGGUUGGUGGGUCCGUUCAGUCCAGAGGCCACUUUUCACCAGCCGCUAUUGCCAGUGGACAAAAGUUUACCGCUGUCACUACAGAGAGGUCUGGAACUCACACGACCAUCAGCUCGUCAAUAACUGUAUAAUAAAGGGGUACUACUGUGAAAGGAUUCAGCCAGCCGUGCACUGAGGUGUGAUCAGAUGUACAUCAAACACGGUUUAGGGGGAGGCUGCUGUGGAGGCCUGUGGUUUUCAUCAUGAAGAGGUGGGGGUGCAACCUAUUCAACUCUCAGGGAUGACACAAACAUCCCCAAAGCAACGGUUCACAAAAACAACCUGUCAUUUGACUUUGUUUUGUUUUGUAAAUAUAUAAAAUAAAAUGAUAUAUAUCAACUUAAA